CCUUUAAGGGAACCCGGAAGUACUUCAAACCGGACGUCCAGGUUUCUCAAUGUGACUUACCGUGGCCACAACACUGUUAUGGUUUGAUUCUGUCUUCAGGUAGUGGUUUAAAGACUACAAAAUGUUUCUUACCACCGUAAACUUGGCCAAGGCAAAAUCGAAGACCGUCCUGGUGCAGAUGGUGAGCGCUGCGGGGACAGGCUACUUCUUCAACACAAAGAGGAAUCGUCUCAGAGACAAGCUGGUUCUGCGCAAACAUGAUCCAUUUGUGAACAAGCAUGUCCUAUUCUUUGAGAAGAGGAAGAUCAAAUCUAUUUAAUUAGGCACCAGAAUAUAUGGACAACAUAAACCUGCUAGGUUUAAACGGACUCUUCUUUUUUUUAUUGCAAUGGAUUACACAUUUGUGUUCGGCUGGCUGACAUGUUUUCAGAGGACUUCUUCUUGGAUCUGUUAAAUGGCCUCUUGUCUCUCCACUGCGCCAGAUCAGCAUGAUGCAAACCCCGACAGAACUUCAAGAAAGUCUUGAUUACCACCAUUAAAGAAGAAACUACUACUCAUUUGUUAAAGUGAUGUUAUUUAUUGGAGCCACCACAGCCGAUCUAAUGCUGUUAAAUCAUGGAAUAGCAUGUUACGGUGCUGUUAAGCAGUAUUAUACAGUAUCGCUGAUAUGACGAAUGAAUUAAACAAUUGAGAUUAAACAAGUUUUACAAAAACAAA